GGCCAUGGUGGGAGGGGCGUGAAGCAACGGCAAGGGACGAGGGAAGAGCGAAAGCAAGGAGACAAACAAAGAAGCAUUCGAGGAAGAAAUCAAAUAUCCUUACGUGAAUAGCACAAAGCUUCUCUUUGGAUUCAAGAAAUUCGGGCAAGAUGGUGUACAUCAACAAUUGGGACGAUUUCAUGCAGGCAGCGCAAGAGCUCUUGAUCAAGUCUCCCGACAAGACGAGAUAUCUUAUUAAGUAUAGGCAUGUUGAUGCACAACUGGUAUUGAAGGUCACUGACGAUGUGGUGUGCAUAAAGUACAAGACAGAUCAGUCACUUGAUGUCAAGAAGAUGGAAAGAUUGAAUAAUCUGUUUCUACGGUUGAUGCCAAGCCAAAAGAUUGAUGCUGAGGCGUCUUCGUCCAUUCUAGCAGACAUUGAAUCAGAAGCAGCGCAGCAGCAGGCACAGGCACAGACGCAGCAUCAUGUCCCUACCGAAGGAGCUGAAGGAAAGAAGAAGAAGAAGAAGGGAAAGUAAAGCUGUAGAAUGAUUG